AUGGAUAGUCAAAGAAAAACUCCAGUUUAUAGCAAUGCUGAUCGUGAAUUUAUUGAUAAUGGUUCUGAUGUCUUACCACUUACAAUUAUUAUGGCAUUCCUUGUUGUAUUUGCAACAAUAAUUAUUUUAUGGUGGGCAAAAGGUCGUCGUGCAGCUGCUCAUCGUGGUGAAUGUCUUGUUCUAUGUGGUGCAUCAAAUUCUGGUAAAACCGCACUUUUUAGUCGUCUUACAAUGGGUAUAGCUAAACGAACAUUAACAUCUAUGGCUGUUAAUCGUGGUUCAAUGACUCUUCAAAAUCCAUCAGCAGAUCGUCCAUCAAAAGAAAUUCAUAUAGUUGACAUUCCCGGUAAUUUACGUAUUCGUCAACGUGAUUUUACUGCUGAGAAAAGUUCAGCUAAAGCAAUAGUAUUUGUUAUUGAUAGUACAACAGUUAAAGAAGAUAGUAAAGAUGUUUCGGAUUAUCUCUAUGAUAUUUUAAGUGAAAAAUCUUUUCGUCAACAACGUAUACCAUUAUUAAUAUUUUGUAAUAAACAAGAUAUAAAUAAUGAUAACGAAACAAUACAAUCAAUACGUCAUUUACUUGAAAAUGAAUUAACAAUGAAACGUAGAACACGUGCAUCAUCUGUAGCUGUACAUCAAGGUAAAGGUGGAUCAAAUGAUGAUAUUGGUCAAGUUGGAAAGGAUACAUUCGAAUUUAAUGAUAUCAAAGAUAUCAAAAUUGACUUUGUUGAUGGUUCAGUCUUAGGUAAUGAAAGAACAUCAUAUGCUAAACAUUAUGAUGAUGAAGAAGAUAUUAUUAGUACCGGUGAUGAAACUGAUGGUGAUACUGGAGCAAAUUUAAAGAAAGUAUAUGAUUGGGUUCAAAAGAUCUGGUUUAAAUCAUAA